AUGAUAACCCCCCAAGAGACGCCACCGGCAAGAAAUCUCUUGGUUCGUACUUCCAUCAUGCCUCUUUGGCCCAGCCUUUGCACCGGUGUGCGUACAUGGAGUCGCGCUGCUCAUGUGCGUGGCCAUUGCAGCGCCUGGCGACUGGCUACGGCGACAGCCACCCCACGACUCUAUUCUACAAAUACCACGUCCGGACAUAGCGCGAGUUCGCACGCCGAGGACAAAAAUGUGCAUCGGGGAGGAUUCGGGAAGGCGGCUGUGGUCAUCGCUGUGUCUGUAGCAAGCGGAAGCUUGGGGUUCUUCUUGUCUGAGCAGAAUGCAAAGCGGAAUUCGUCGCAGAGUGUUCCUGACUCCCCCAAGUUUGGAUCUCCUAGUGACUUCAAGAAUGCUAUUGACGAGUUGCACGCGUCUCUGACGCCUGACGCUGUGUCGACGGACCCUGAGGACCUCCGCCAUCAUGGAUUCUCCGACAACGACUACCAUCCCACUAUGCUGCAUAGUGUUGUUGUAUAUCCGCAGUCGACAGAGGACGUGGUAAAAAUUGUCAAAAUUGCGACCAAAUACCGCAUGCCUGUAAUACCCUACUCUGGAGCCACAAGUCUGGAAGGCCACUUCCGGGGGCAUUCCGUGGGUGGUAUCUGUGUAGAUGUUGGCCGUAUGGACAAAGUGUUGGAGAUUCACGAGGAGGAUUCCGACCUUGUGUGUCAACCAGGCGCACAAUGGAUGGAUAUCAACGAAAUGCUCAAGAAGAAAGGGAUUCCACUGUUUUUCCCUAUUGAUCCAGGUCCGGGGGCCACAGUUGGCGGAAUGUUGAGCACUGGAUGCUCAGGAACGAAUGCUGUCAGAUACGGAACUGCCAAAGGAGAGUGGUUCUUGAAUGCGACUGUCGUUUUACCUUCUGGCGAAGUGAUCAAGACUCGGAGCCGAUCCCGAAAGUCUGCCGCUGGAUUCGAUAUCACGAAGCUCUUCAUUGGAGCCGAAGGGACGUUAGGAAUUGUAACAGAACUGACCAUCCGACUGGCUCCCGUGCUGCAGACUAGCGUGGCUGUUGUGCAAUUCCCCGAUGUUAAAUCUGCCACGGCAGCUGCUACAGAGGUUAUCAAUCAAGGCUUAGGGAUUCAAUGCGUAGAGCUUCUGGACGCCACCUCUAUGCGAGCGACCAACAACUACGGCAUGUCUAUACGAAAGUGGCCGGAACGUGAUUCGCUCUUUUUCAAGUUCCAGGGACCAUCUCAAGCCUCAUUGAAGGACACUGCAAAGGCUGUUGAAAAGGUCGUGGCCAAGCACAGCGGCACAGGUUUCUCAUUUGCGAGAAACGAGAAAGAGGCCGAAGAUCUUUGGAUGGAUAGGAAGAAUAUAUAUUGGUCUGCCCUCUCAUUGAUUGAAGGCAGCAGAGGAAUGGCUACCGAUGUCUGUGUUCCUGUUUCCAAACUUCCUGAACUGGUGUACGAAACAAAGAAAGAUCUAGAGAACGUUGGCAUUCUUUCAUCAAUUGUCGGUCAUGUCGGAGACGGGAACUUCCACGCCCUUUUACUUUUCACAAACGACGAUGAGCUCAAGAUUGCCCAGAAGGCUGCAGCUAGGAUUGUACACAGGGCUAUAGCAAUGGAUGGAACUUGCACCGGAGAACAUGGUGUUGGUAUAGGAAAAAAGAAAUAUCUUGUAGAAGAACUUGGUCAGGGAACAGUCGACCUCAUGAAGACAGUCAAGCGAGCAAUUGACCCUCUGGGGCUCUUCAAUCCUGGAAAGCUGUACCCAGAAUCAAACCUAUCCGGAGCAAAACAUCAUCCUGACACGAACCAGAAGUAA